AUGGUAUCCGUCAAAUCGGCGGUCGUGGCCGCCCUGGCCAUCUCGCCCCUUUCCGAGGCUGCCAACACCGUCAACGAGCUUGUCGUCAAGGCCACAGGCGGCAAUGUCUCGUCUCCCAUCAUGUAUGGCCUCAUGCACGAGGACAUCAACAAUUCGGGCGACGGCGGUAUCUACGCCGAGCUCAUCAGCAACCGCGCCUUUCAGGGGAGCCCCCGGUUCCCGAGCAACCUGGACGGCUGGUCCCCCGUAGGCGGUGCACAGCUUGCGCUCAAGAACCUGUCUCAACCGCUGUCCGCGGCACUGCCAACUUCCGUGCAGGUGUCUGGCGAGAAGGGGAUGAUCGGUCUCGCCAACUCCGGGUACUGGGGCAUUGACGUCAAGAAGCAGAAGUACACUGGGUCGUUCUAUGUUAAGGGGGAGUAUGAGGGGAAGUUUACUGUAUCUCUGCAAUCUGCGCUGGGAGAUAAGGAGGUGUUUGGCAAGGUUGAAGUCGAGUCGCAGAGCGUGGCCGGCGAGUGGACGCAGCACAACUUCACGCUCGUGCCGAGGAAGAAUGCCCCGAACAGCAACAACACUUUCGCCCUUACCUUCAAGGCCGAGAAAGCCAAGAAUCGCAGCCUCGACUUCAACCUGAUCUCCCUCUUCCCGCCAACCUUCAACAACCGCCCCAACGGUCUCCGCCCGGACCUUGUCGAGGCCUUUGCCGCGCUGAAACCCAAAUUCCUCCGCUUCCCCGGCGGCAACAUGCUCAUGGGCAACACCAUCGACAGCUACUGGAAAUGGCACCUGACCCUCGGGCCCUUAAAAGACCGCCCCGGGAUGGCCGGCACCUGGUCCUACCAACUGACCAACGGCAUGGGACUGAUCGAGUACAUGCAGUGGGCCGACGACCUCAAGCUCGAACCCAUCCUGGGCGUGUGGGCAGGCUUGUCUCUCGACGGGGCAUUCUACGACCCCAACCAGACAGCCGAGGCGGUGCAGUAUGCUCUGGACGAAAUCGAGUUCCUGACCGGGGAUGCAAAGAGGACGAAAUGGGGCGCUGUGCGGGCCGCGUUGGGGUAUCCCAAGCCGUGGAGGAUCAGGUAUGUGGAGAUUGGGAAUGAGGAUUGGCUUGCGGGUGCGCCGGCGUCGUAUGAGGCGUAUAAGAAUUAUCGGUUUCCGAUGUUCUACAAGGCGUUUCAGGAGAGGUAUCCGGAUAUUCAGAUCAUUGCGUCGCCGAGUGUGUUUGAUAACAUGACUAUUCCGGCGGGGGCAGCAGGGGAUUGGCAUCCGUAUCUGACGCCGGAUAAUAUGGUGGAUUCGUGGGACCGGUUGGAUCCGUUGACGAGGGAUAACUUGACUAUUGUUGGUGAGGCGGCCGUGACGCAUCCCAAUGGUGGUCUGGGAUGGAAUGGCCCACUGGGAUCCAACCCGUGGUGGAUUGGCUCCGUGGCCGAGGGCAUCUUCCUCCUUGGAGUGGAGCGGAACGGGGACAAGGUCAUUGGCGUCACCUACGCGCCGUUGCUGCGCAACCUCAACCGUUGGCAGUGGGGGAUGACUUUGGUUCAGCAUGCUGCGGAUACCAAGCUGACGACGCGGUCGACCAGCUGGUAUGUCUGGAAGCUGCUCGGCGAGAAACCGCUCAAAAACACGCUCCCCGUCACGAUCAACAAGGGCGGCAUCAACCCGCUUUACUGGGUUGCUGGUGAGAGUGAUAAGGGGACGUCGCUCUUCAAGGCUGCAGUGUACAACACGACAGAACCUGUGUCGGUCUCGGUCCGGUUCGAAGGACAGGAAAAGAAGGGGGCCAAGGCGACUUUGACCGUCUUGACAGGCCCCGAGGAUCCGUAUGGCUUCAAUGAUCCUUUCACCGGGGUCAACGUCGUCAAGGAGAUGAAGAAGACUUUGAAGGCUGAGGCGGGUGGUGUGUAUAAGUUCAGCCUGCCACGGUGGAGUGUUGCAGUUUUGGAGACGGAAAAGCGGCACAAAUAG